AUGCGCCCACCUGGUGAAACUCUUCCACUAUCAUAUCCAACUGCUGCCAACAGGUAUUUACAACAUCCUGCAAUGUCGAAUCCAGUAUCUCUAGACCCAGCUAAUCCUGGAGUUGGAAAGCAAAUGAUGCUUGAUUGGUUACGCAUACAUUAUCCAAAACGAGUGAUGCAGCCACAUCUAUUUCCUCCACCUAAAAACCCAUCCUUGACGAAGCUUGGCGUCACACAAUCCGGAUCUAACGCUGCAAGUUCGAAUUCAGAAGCAGAUGGAUCUCAACCUGUUACUGACUGUAGCGGUCCUGGAUUGCAAGACCAAAAAUCACUGGUUUCAGAAACUCGACGGUCAAGAAUGCCCUCAAAGCUUGUCUCGGCGGAGACAGUUCAUUUGGGGAAGAGAUCAGUAUCUUUCGAGGGCAAACCCCAAUCAAAAAAGCGAAUUGCAAAAGGUGUACGCGCUGUUCAACCAAGUAUCGUCCACACCCUUAAACAACCAAAAAAGCAGGUUGUUGACGAUGGAGGUGAUGCAGAAGCACCUAAAGCUCUUGAAGCAUCUGCCUCUCGCAUUCUGAAUAUAUCACCCUAUAUUCCCAAAUCAGGCAAACCUUACUUGAAUCCUAAGGCUUUUUUGGACAAUAAUCAAAACAAUUUGCAACUCGCCCAUCCGACACCACCAGCAAAAUCAAAUUUAGAAGAGACAUAUGAGAAGCUAAUUGAUGUACAAUCAGAUGUGAACGUUCUUCCAAGCACAGAAGCUAUAGAAAGUGAUCGUGACUUGAUGACAUUUUCACAAGGUGAUGUCUUCAAGACAGAAAAUAUAAUGACAGGGAGUGAGAUAUGCCCAAUCACAAAUCAUGGAAAGCAACUGACUGGCGUGGAUGUGUUCCUCCGUGAAAGACAACAACACAACAAACUCUUUGCUUUAGAGGAAACUGUAGCUAUCUUGACAAGAAAAGUCGACACAGCCAAGAAGUUGGCUUCGGAGGUUUUAGCUGGACAAGCAAAGGUCAAGUCACAAGCACAAUUUGCAACAGACAGUGCCCUUCACGAACUUCAAGAAUCGAUGGUUUUCUUGGAAAAGAAGAUAUCUGCAUUUGAUGAUGUCAAAGAUCAGGUUACUAGCCUGCAAUUCGAGGUCAGCAGACUUCGCGCGCGGUUAGAUAAAGCCCAUGACGAGCUUCAAACCCAGGAAGAGAUCAUUACAAAAUUGAUGAGUUUGCAAGAGACGUCUGACAAUGAAGAAUCAGGAGAUGAUGAAGAGUCAGACCUCUAA